AAAACACGCGAAAAUGUACUCUAUUUCAAUGUGCUGUCACCAUAUGUUCAGUAGAUCAAGAACUGUUGUUGAGGACGCACGUGUCUCUUGUUGUAUUAUGUGUUUACAAUGAAGAGUGUUUAUUUUGUUAUUGCUGUGUUUUGCGUGGUUCCGUGCGCAUUUCAAGAUGUGUGGGACGAAUACGACACCUGGUAUGAUGAUAUGGAUGACUUCAAACAGCUCGAAAACGAAGAGUUAGUAGGAAGAUUGGACGAAUCAGAAGACAGAAACUUGCCUGAUACACAAAACAAAGAUGAGAAUAAAGACGAUUACUACGCCAAUGAAAAUGAUAAUGAUUACGGUGAUUACGAAAUUGAGGACAAUAGAGAUGAAGUAAAACCAAAAAUGGACGAUCAAGAAAAAAAUAAAGAACAGGAGUUGGAAAAAAAUGAUGAAUCAGCAGCCAUUGAAGAUUUUGAUACUUUACAAAAAAUAAUGAAUAAUGAUGAGGACUCGAUAGACGAAGAUGUUAUUGACAAAAUUUUAGCUGUUGAUGAGAAGAGUCAAAUUGAUUUAAAUGUUUUAAUACCAGAAGAUGUAAAUAAUGAAGAAAUGGUGAAUGAAGAAAUUGAUAUUAAAGGUAUACAGCAAAUGAUCGAUGACAUUAAUCAAGAAACUCAACAAAUUUUAGAAAAUGUUAAUAGUCAAUUUGACGAAGAUAAUGUCGAUGUCAAAAACGAACCAAAUGACAAUAUUCAGGAAAAAAACCAGGAUAUUAUAAAAGAAACCCGACAAAUUUUAGAAGAAACUAAUAAGGAGUUUGAUGAAAAUAAAGAAGAAAAUCAAGCUGUAGUUGAAUCAAAAAUCUUAGGUGAUAAUAAUGACAAUGAAGAAGCAGUAGUAUUAGAGGACAAAGUUAAUAAAGAUACAAGAAUUCAUAGCAACGAAGAUACUGUAGACAAGGUUUACGAAGAUCUGAACGCAGACCUUGAUAAGUUAUUUGAAACUUGGAAAAAGUUGAGUGUUGACGAUGAUGAAUCUGAUAUUAAUGCAGAAAAUGUAGAAAGUGCCGAAAAUAAAAAUGAACAAGUUAUCCAAGACAAUGUAAAUGUUGAUGAUUCAAAAGCCAUUAAUGAGGCCAAUAUAGAUGCUUUGCCUGAUAUUCAAGCAGAUAUACAAAACAUUAUUAAAGAAACUCAACAAAUUUUAGAAGAUACGAAUAAGGAAUUUGAUGAAAAUAACGAAGACAAUCAAGAAGUUGUGGAAGAACCGGACCAAGAUGGGGUGAUAUUGAACGUACAGAAUGAAGAUCCAAAACAAAUUUUAGACAAUGCAGAUGAACUAUAUGACGAUACCAUUCCAAACCUUGAGAAGUUAGUUGAGACAUGGAAACAAUUAAGUCCAAAUAAUGAAAACGGUGAAAAUAGUAAUGUUGAAAAUAAAAACGAGCAACCAAUACCAAAAGAAGCAAAUGGUGAUGACGAUUACAAUCGCGAUAAAGCUGAUAUAGGGGAUGAUGUCAAAGAUGAAAACUUUGACUACGAAGCCGAAGCACGUAUUCUUCAAUCGAGACAAGAUUAUUAUGACUCAAUUCCUGAUAAGGAUUUGGCAAGCAUAUUCGAAGACAAUGAUAAUGAACUACAUAUGGCUGAUACAGACUCUGAAGAAUCGGUUCCAGUUUUAUAUGUAAAUGAUGCAUUAGUUGCUGAAUCCAAUGAAAACAAUCAAAAGGACAACGAAAGCUUAGAAGAAAAUAAAGGAUCUGUAGAUGUCGUUGAAAAUGAUGAUGAAUUAAAGAUGGAUGACGUACCUAAAGAUGAAAAUGACACUUUGAUAAAUUCAGAAACUCAACAAAAUGUCGAAGAGAAAUCUGCUAAACUCACAAAAGAUGUUGAUGAAUUAAACUCUGAUGAAUUGGCUGAACUCAACAGGCAAUUUACGAUUUUGCACAGUGCAGACUUGAAAAAUGAUGCUGACGAGACGCCUAUAUAUAUAACUUUGAAUGCACAUGAGCCAGUCGUUAUAACUUCUCCAAAUUAUCCUGAUGCUUACCCAACAGAUACAUCUAUUAUCGAUUGGGUUUUGGAAGGCCCAGGCAUAGGAUUAGAAGUGAAUGUUACAGACUUGGAGAUCAACAGUGUCAUGGGGCAUUACCUUUUGUUAAAACCAGGUCAAUCAGACGCAUCAGGUGACGAUGGAAUCGUCUUCGCGUAUCGUCUCAACAACGAGCGCCGGUAUCGCUUCAGAGAUGUAAACAAAAUGCUGGUGAGGUUCAACCCAGUGGGCGGCAUGUCCUUCGCCAAAGGCUUCAGGCUGAGCGCCAAGAUUAUUGAAGCCCCGGUAUCAGCUGAAGACGACGAUGACUUGUCAGAACCGGACACGCUGCCCCCCGAGCCACGGGAGUCCGCCACGCUCCUUCUCGCUGGAGCCAACACCACCACAUUCGAAGACAUCAGGGAGGAGUUCCGAAGGCUCCUGGCUGACAUGGCUACCAUGUACAUCAACUCCAAUGAUAUCGAUCCCGGAAUGAACGAGACCGUCGUUGUGGCUCAAAUCACUCGCACGUAUGUCUGCAACAUCAACUGGCCGGACUUCGAUUCGUGUGUGUCCGUCACUUUCGGGAUCCCGCUCGUGUAUGAAGAAGACACCAACAGGCUGACUGAGAGGGAGUUGAUAGAAAUGUGGGAGAACUUCUCAGGCAGAGAUCCCUUCGCGGCCAGGCUUACUAGCAUGGGUAUUUCUGACUACACUCCACCAAGAGACAGCUACAUCCUGACGCUGUGGGUGGUGAUCGGCACAGCGGUGUUCAUUGCCGCCGCCGUGCUGUCGUUCGUGUUGUGGCGGUACAGUUGCGUCGAGAACUAUACCAGGAUGGUAGACUACAACGACACGGACAGUUUCCAGGAGAAGAAACGCGCCCUGGACAUGUACCCAACUCCUCACCAGACUCUGCCGCCGCUGUACUCGGAGAGCGACUACAAGUGGGCUGAUAGGACCUUCGAUGAUGACACUAAAGUGGACAUGGGCGGGUUCACCAACAACACGUUCACCCGGGACGAGAUGUCGGACGAGUCGGAGGACGAGGCCGGCAAGCGGGACAGGUACACAACUGACGUGUAACCGAAAAUUAUAUUGGAACUCCUUCAAGCCCCGCGAGUUCAGUGCAGUUUGAUGUCUAUCGUUCAAAUAAAACUAUCCUCUUAUUCAUAAAAAAAUAUAAACACUUGCCUACCUUAAUACUUGUCUACGUAGUACAAGUUGGCGUCAAACAUUCAGAGCGUCACCUUCACUCUAAAAUGGAAAUUUUAAUGGCAAUGACAUGCACGCUUUCUUGCCAGGCGCCAAGUAGCUGAAGCGUUGUAAACCUAUACAUAUAUAUAUAGGUACCUAUAUUGCAUGUCUAAAAUAGAGGAGGAUAAGUAACAAAACUUAUUGUAACUAAAUGUUUAGCAAGAUUUUGUUAUGUUUUAUGAAUAAGAAGACUAGAACUACUAUUGUAGAAGCUAAAUAAUUGUUAUUUUGUAAUUCUGAACUGUAGCUUUGACCUCUAAAUGCUAAUAUAGAUGAUAUGAAUGAUUAUGUGACCUAUAGCUGCUAAGUAUGUGGAACUCCAUAAAACGUGAUAAACAUUGUAAAUACAUGUGGACAAAUCACACAGAUUGAGUCAAGCCCCAAAAUAUGUUCGUAACUUGUGUUUACGAUACUAACUCAAAUAUAGGUAGGUACUAAAGAAAAAGGAACAUUAAUAUUGAACCUUACUUGAAGUUGAUGAUGUAUAGUGUGCAGAUUUUCAAAAACUGUUUUAUAAUUUAUUGCAUUUCAUAACAUUACAAAUGUAUAAUUUUCAAAAUUAACAUAAUUUGUCAUAUUUCGAUUCGAAAAGAAGAAUGUCACCUAUAUUACGCAAAUCGAGGUCAGGAGACAAACAAUCUAGUUUCUAAUACUAUACGGCUCUUUGAGAUGCAGAAAGAAUGGGCUUUGGUUAUAUCGCUCUCUAUGAUGUAAUUAACAAAUUAAAAUAUAACAAUGACAGAGACAAACUUUAUAAAGUUCAAUAACUCUUUCUGUAUUUCGACGAGUGAGUUAGAAAUAAUAAUAUAUUAACUGUAACUACAUUUGUACGAAAUAAUAUUUAGAUAAUACCAGUCGUAACAAAUCAUCGAUAUAAAAUACUUUUACCAGAAAAUUAGUUUGGUGUAGAAGUUACAAGAUACCCUUGGUUUUUAAUAUUAUAUUUAAUUUUUUUUGACGUGACAACGUCUUAAAUUAGGUUGCGGCUGGGAGUCACUUAUGAAAAAGUGUAACGCCCGGUAACGUUACGAUGAGUCACCGAACGAGAGAGAGGCCCGCCGAAUGCCUUGCGUCUCUCUCCCACUCAACUAUGAUCGGUCUGCCGCGCGCGUAAAAAGACGUUGUCACGUAAAAUCUUCGCCCGUAAAACCGACUUUACAGGCAACCAUUUUUAAAUAAAUUAUUUAUCUAAAAAUAUAUGUUAAAGUUUAUUGGCUAGGCUUGUAUCUUGGGACUCAUUAUUAUAUAUAUAUAUAUUUAAUUAUACAAAUAAAAUCAUUUGCUCUUAAAGUAGUAAAUUAAUAUAUAUAAACAUACCCCGAGUAUAUUGAAAUCGAUGAUGUGGUUGCUGCAUGCUGGUCCAUGUUAAAUCUAGUUACGAAACAUAGAUUCAUAAAAUCAGUGAUUCACUAGAAAAGCCAUAAAUUCGAAAAGUAAGUACAUUUUUACAAUAUAAUUAAGAAUCUGCAGACACGAAUUUGUUAUGUAUAUUAUAAUUAUAAAUAUUGUAAUGUUUUAAAUCGAAAUUUCUGUCAAAAGACAACUUUUUUCAAUAAUUAUAUAUUCUUUCCUAGAAUAAGAAUAUUAUUACACAAUAGCAAAGCAGUGUCGGUAUUAAUUUGGCUGUAAAGUUUAUAUACUUUAGUAGGUAUUACGAAAUCAGGCUAUGAUAUUAGGUAGUUAGUCAAAAAUCUAAAUGUAGAUAAAUUGUACAGUCAUCAACAAAAUUUGGUAUCCAAGCCUCACAUCACUGUUUGAUGAUGUAUGAGCUACAUACCUAGUUAUAUUUUGACUACAAUAGAACACAAAUGCAACAAUAACUGUUGUGAUUUUGUAUUUAGAUUUAAAUUAUUCAUUUAUAUUUUUGAAAUUUGUUUCUUUUAUUAAAUAAAUGUUUAUUUUUAAUUUGU